UAUACAUUACUCAAUCCAAAAAAUUAAAGUUAAAAAAAAUCACAUAAUUUAUAGCUUAUACUCCUGUCAAUAUGUCCCUGCGACAUUUCAGUCUGCAAGAGUUCGGGCGUUUACGUGGAGCACCUGAAGGCAGCAUUUCACCCAGCGACUGUUACCAACCGCCACUGGCAGCGCUGUUUCGUCCAACCGAACUGUGAGUUUGUAGGGGAAGAAACCGUCGGGGAGAGACUCGACGGAGAGCCGACUGGACUGGAGGUGGAGUCAGAAGGUGGGGAGGGAGAAGAAAGGGGAGAGGAGGAAAACGGGGAAAGGCAGAUACAACAGAAACGGGGGGAGGACGGUGGAUGAUUUACGCUUUAAAAGUUGCUGUACGACAAACCGAAGAGUUGCGGCGAAGAGGAUUAAAACAAGAUGAUAACGCCGUACUUCCUAGAGAAUUUCUGGGGGGAAAAAAAUAAUGGCUUUGAUGUGCUCUACCACAACAUGAAGCAUGGCCAAAUCUCCUCCAAGGAGCUGACAGACUUCAUCAGAGAAAGGAGUACCAUUGAAGAGGCCUAUGCCAGGUCCAUGACCAAACUUGCCAAGUCAGCCGGCAACUUUUCUCAGCUUGGGACGUUUGCACCAGUCUGGGAUGUGUUCAAGAGCUCAACAGAGAAGCUGGCCAGCUGUCACAUGGAGCUAGUGAGGAAACUACAGGAACUUAUAAAAGAGGUUCAGAAGUACGUGGAAGAGCAGGCCAAAGCACACAAAAAGACAAAAGAGGAGGUGGCGUCCACCCUGGAGGCCGUUCAGAACAUCCAGACCACCUCUCAGGCUCUGCAGAAGUCCAAGGAGAUCUACAAUGCCAAAACCGUGGAGCAGGAGCGCCUCCGCAAAGAGGGGGCCACCCAGAGAGAUGUGGACAAGGCUGGAGUGAAAGCCAAAAAAGCCACAGAGACCUACAAGUCGUAUGUGGAGAAAUACGCCACAGCAAAGUCAGAGUUUGAACAGAAGAUGGCAGAAACUGCACAGAGAUUCCAAGACAUUGAAGAAAACCACAUCCUUCACAUGAAGACGAUCAUUCAGUCGUACUCGCAGUCUGUCGACGAAACGCACGUUCAAAUAGGAGAGGUCCACAACGAAUUUGUGAGGAACAUCGAGAACACCUCAGUGGAGAGCCUAAUACAGAAACUGGCAGAGAGCAAAGGAACGGGCAAGGAGAGACCAGGACCCAUUGAGUUUGAGGAGUGCAAUGCAGCAAUCGCUACUGAAGGUGCCAAACCCAGAAAGAGAAAACCAUUUGGCAUUCCUGGUCGCAGGAAAGACAAGGACACAGACUCUACGGAGUCUACAGAAGUCGAAGCUGCUAACACUGCCAAUGGCGCUCCCCCUGGAUACUACGGGGCCAUAGACAUCCAGAAUGCUAAUGUUCCCCAAGUUGAUGCCGAGGGCUUCUGUAUCAGACCAGAAGCCAAUGAAAACGAUGCCAAAGAAAAUUCCUUCUAUUCGUCCAGCGACUCAGAGGAUGAAGAUGAACCCAGGAAGUUCCACGUAGAAAUCAAGCCCGUUCAGCCGAACAACGGCACGCAUCAGAACCGAGCCACCAUCGACGAACUCAAAGCCUCCAUUGGAAACAUCAUCUUAUCGCCUUCAACCUCGGGACAGAUGCGGAGGAACCAAUCCAGUGAUGAGCUGGCAAAAAGCAGAGUGCCAACAUCAUACGAACUGGCCAACAACGACCUUUUGUCUCUGGACCCGUUCAGCCCGACUCUGGCAGCAGGCUCUUCUCACUCGGUGUCGUCAUCGACAGUUGAGACGGCACCGCGACAGGAGUGCUCUCCUCCCCUGGUGGAGAGCCACCAAUCCAAAGAAGUCUCCUCUUUCUCCUCCACCACAUCCUCUCCUUGGGACUCACCAGAAAACCCCUUCCAAGCCCUCAAGCCUGUGCCAGCGAGGGCUCAGAGCGCCCCCAUCACCCUGCCAACUGAGCCGGUCGACCCAAUCAGAGGCUCACCUGCCGCCAGCCCCCCAAAAAGUGUCGAUGCCUUCUCCUCCGUGUCCUGGUCCCAGAGCCAGUGGAUCGCCUUCAGUGAUAACUUUGCACCACCUCGCCGGCAGGGCUCAGGGACGUCUGUGAGGGAGCUCCAGAGGCCUCCGUCCGGCUCCGGCAGGUCGAGUCGCUUCCUCUCUGACGACUCCGCCGACGCCUACUGCAAAGCGUCGGGCAGCAAAGAGGACGGCAGUUUCUCUGAUGUCUUCUCUGGGAUUACAGAUUGGGGCGCUGCUCCAUCAGGCAAAAUAUUCACUGUGCCAGUACCAAACCGACCCACAACCCCGCUGACAGCUGGAGCCCUGGUGCCGCCGCCACGACCCUCGUCCAGACCCAAACUCCCCACUGGAAAACUCACAGGAAUCAAUGAAAUUGUACGGCCGUUCAGCCCACCCAAGACAUCCAACGCCAGCCCUCCUCCUACUGCACCACUCGCCCGGGCGGAGAGCUCCUCCUCCUUGUCCUCGAAUGCCUCGCUCAGCGCCGGCAACACGCCCACCGUUGAGGAUGAUGUGUUCAUAGCGAAGCUGCCUACCUUUGAGAAGCGGUGUGAAACACCAGCAGGGACGUCUCGCGGUCCCAGCCCUGUGACCCUGGCAUCCCAAGAUGCUUUGCCCAUUGCUGUGGCCUUCACAGAGUCGGUUAAUGCUUACUUCAAAGGAGCUGAUCCCACUAAGUGCAUUGUGAAGAUCACGGGAGACAUGACCUUGUCGUUCCCCAUGGGCAUCAUCAAGGUGUUCACCAACAACCCCUCCCCGGCCGUGCUCACCUUCAAACUGAAGAACACCAGCAGGUUGGAGCAGAUCCUGCCCAACCAACAGCUAGUAUACAGUGAUCCUUCCCAAAGUGACUCUAAUACCAAGGACUUCUGGUUCAACAUGCAAGCGCUGACGUCCUACCUCAGAAAAGCCUCAGAUCAGAAUCCAUCAGCUUCCUACUAUAAUGUGGACAUCCUAAAAUACCAGGUGCUCUCUGAUGGGAUCCAUUCCACUCCUCUCAACCUGACCGUUUACUGGAAGUGCACACCGAGCACAUCAGACCUGCGGGUAGACUACCGUUACAACCCAGAGUCCAUGGCCAUCCCUGGUCCGCUCACCAAUGUGCAGAUCUUAGUGCCUGUUGAUGGAGGAGUCACUGGCAUGCAGUCUAUUCCCAACUCCAUCUGGAAUUCGGAACAAAAUAAAUGUCUGUGGAAACUGAGCGACAUCUCAGAAAAGUCUGAAAAUGAAGGCGCCGGGUCCCUGAGGGCCAAGUUUGAGCUGUCGAACGGACCCUCGAACCCCUCCACCCUGGCCGUGCAGUUUAUGAGCGACGGGAGCACCCUGUCAGGAGUGGACAUGGAGCUGCUGGGGAGUGGGUACAGACUUUCUCUCAACAAGAAGAGAUUUGCCACAGGACGUUAUAUGGCAGACUGCUGAGGUGACCCACCACUCUGGUUCUGAAAAAAAAAACACAAAAGAAAAAAACAAACCUGGCCUUAAACAAAGGUUGGCAACUUUGCGAGGUGUCCUGGACCUCUGGAUCCAUCUGAGCACAGUCAGGCUUCUGCCCAGGAGGCGAGAAUUUCACUACAAUAAAACAGCACUGAGUAUUGAACACUGUUGAAAGAAAAGAAAAGGAAAAAAAAAGAAAAGAAAGAAAAGUAAAAGAAGAUGAGCUUUCAGGAAAUAUGUAGAUAUGAAGUUUAAUAAUGCUUUCUGAUCAAUUCACUUUUGUAUAGUCAGAAACAAUUUAUGGAUUUUAUAUAAAUCUAUAUUGUAUUUGAAAAAUCAUGAAAAAAAAAAUGAAAAAAAGUGCACUAACAAUCUUUCAGAUGCUCUUUCUCCUCUUAUAUUCAUUUUCUCAAGAGCCUUACGAGGAAUAUAAACAAAAAAUCAAAAGGUUUCUCUCUCUGAACUGUAAAUAUUAACACUGAAUAUUCUGCUCGGACUCAACUCUCGAUUCAGUUUUGUUUGCUGAUUUUUUUUUUUUUUUCUCCUUUCUUCCUCCACUUCACCAUUCGUCUUUUUUUGAUCAUGUGCAAUGAUGCAAUGAAGGUAGAAUCUGUCUCGGACAGUCCUCACGAACCUGUGGCACAAGCUUGACCUUUAAAAUAACAUUCAAGUGCUUUCAAACAAAUGCAAAAAAAACAAAAAAAAACAGAUACUGACCUCAGUGCCUCCUCUUAUUCUGUGGGUUUAAGGUUUAAUAGGCAACACACGUGCGUCAGUGUUUUUAAACCUGAAUUCGGGUCUCCUGAUUUACAUUACGUUUUCUAAACAAUCAAUUUUUUAGAAUUGAACUUGUAAAUUCCCCCUUUUCAGCCAUGGCUCAUCUUUUUUUUACACUUUUAAAGCUUUGAUUUUUAGUCUUCACAAAAAAAAAAAAAAAAAUACGGGAAAAAAAGAAAAUUCAGCACUCUUGACUGUAAAACAUUGUGUCAAAUGUUAGAUGCUUUCAGAAGAAAAUCGAGGGAUAUGAACCCAAAUUUAAGGAGCCUUUUUAAAAAAAAACAACAACAAAAAAAAACUGGCAGUGUUUUUUUUAAUCAAGCUUUUGUGCUCUAUUAAUGGAGAAAUGUGCCUGAUUGUUAACUUUUCUCUAAUCUUUUUUUAUAUCUACUACAGCACAGUUAAUGAGAAUAGCACCAACAAUGUGCCAGUUGUGUUUUUUUUUUCUUACACCUUUAUUUGGAUGUUGAAGGGAAACUGUUUAUAUGACCCAACUGUCUUCCAGCAAUGAAUGAGUCAUGUUUUGCCUUCUGUGACUGAGUUCGAUCAUCGGACUCUGUUAUAUCGCGCCUUUUUUUCUAUUCAACGCUCGUCAGGUGACCUCCACCUCCCACCGGCUCGCUGAGCAGCAGACGAUGUGAGUGAGCAGUAGCACAAUAAGGCCAAAAUUAAUGACGGACGUGCCUUAUCACAGCUACUUGACGCUGAAUAAUCCAGUGUUGUUGACUGUGGUUUGAUAUUGUGACACAGUUCUGCCAUUGCCCUGUGAUAGCUUAGUGACCUGCCAUGCCUCUCGCCCUGUGCAUGCUGGGAUACAAAACAGCAUAAACAGCACAAGCUGGGUCAGAAAAUGUAUGGAUGGAUGAGAAAAAGCCCGAAACGUUUUUGCAAACCACAGAUGUGCUGAAAGUUUUUGUCGUUACGUCGCAACUUUACGUUAAAUUCACAAAGCUGUGCGCAUCCUGUAGGCACAGUAAAACCAGGAUGGGGCGUAAAAUACCUGUUUUGUCACUACAAACAAGGCUGGAGAUGUCGCAUCUCCAAGUCCAAAAUAUCCGGUUUUGUCACCACAAACACAACUGUAGACGUCACAAAAACACCCAUUUUCGUGCCCACAAACUCAUCUGAAGAUGACCCAACUUCACGUCUAAAAUAUCCAGUUUUGUCUCCACAAAAGCAGCCAGAGGUGUCCCGAGGUCUUGUUAAAUCACCCGGUUUUGUUGCCGUGAAUGCAGCCACAUAUGGACUGACACCCCCGUCGCAAAUAUCAGCUGGAAAUUGUCCCGAGGUCUCGUUGACAUCAUCCAGUGGAGCCACGCUUACAAAUGUAGAAACGCCAUCGAUAUGAAAGCCAGGACAUGAAUAUGUAGCGCGACAUGCACAAAUGUGAACGUAUGGUUUGCAGAAACGUUACCCGCCGACAUUUCAUCCUGGCGACUGGGCUGGAAAAAUGCCACGUUUGACUCUUGGUGCUUCAUUCUUGUCUUAUACUAAUGAAGGCUGCUGCUGUAGAGGCUGUUGGAUUUUCUUGACGGAGUAUUUUUAUGUUGUGUAGGACAUUUUUCAUUGACCUCAACCAUGUUAAUGGUCCUUAAGUUGCGUUGGUUCGUGACGUGUCUGGGAGAUGCGAUUAGUUGCCUGGAAGCUGUGACUGAAAGUUGAUGAAACCUUUCAGGGCAGGAGUUUUUCGUACACUGUGCAUCACACGGCCAAAUGACCUCUCAGAUAAGAUUUUAGGAAAUAACUUCUCACGCGAGGCUUAUUUUUUACAGUCCGCUGUGCUGUGAAACAGGGCUCAUCGUAGUUUUUCCAUUUAAACUCAUAUCCAUAGUUGAUCUCUUGGAAACGAAUCAUUUCUUUUGAUGUCGUUCAUCAUAUCUGACCAGGGUGAUUAUAUGUGAUAACCAUGUUUUGUAUGAUUUUUGUACAAUACCUGGUUUAAACUCAAGCCUUUAAAUGAUCAUUUAGAAGCAGACACCUUAAAUAGAUGAUGGAAGUGUCCGUUUGAAUUUUGGUCUGUUUUUAAAUUUUGUAUCUCACUCUGAACUAUAAUCAGCCAAAUGUUUGGAGGUAGUUCAAAUGAACAUGUUUACAUGAAAUCCUAAAAAAAUUGUAGCAACGGACAUUUUUUUUUAACAGUGUUUAAUUACAUCAGUGGUUUUGGUCAGAUGAGUCGAAAGCAUUACAAAAAAAAAAAACACGAGUACGCAGAUUCUGUAAUUGUAUUCUGUAUUAGCAAGCUGGUUCUUGCUGUCCCUUUAAAAAUCUUUCAGAAAUAAACUCACAAGGCUUCUUUUUCAGUCACUUUCACAUUCUGUCUUUCUGUCUUUAUAUGUUGUAUUAAACAGAGUUUAAAGAGAGCAAAAAAUUGUGUAAAUGAUUCUCAUAAAUUGUACAUUUUUACCAAUAUCAGCCACUUUUUGUCUCUACUUUAUGAUUUCUCAUUGUGCCUGUAUUAAAUGUGUAAUAUAUGAAUAUAUACAAAUAUAUUAAAAUGACUAAAUGUG